CACGCUCAACGUGAAUUGUCAAUUUUUUUCUAGUCUGUGAAUUUUGUUACCUAGUUUAAAAAAAAGUACUAGAUUCUAAGGCGAGCUUGGAAGGAAAAUCGUUGUCACAUUAGAUAAACAUCACAGUAGCAUCCAAAAUAUACUGGUUUCUUCAGGUUCAAGUUCUGCAAUUCGUCAGAGCGUUGCUCAUUAUUUCUGCAGUCGCAGGCAUGGGCGAUACCGAAAAGGUAUCAAAUCCUACCGGGGAGGUUCCCGGGGGAUCACCUCUGAUGGCCGUAGCUGACUUUCCGAAGAUGUGGGACUGCUUAACACUCGAAAAUUACGAUUUCCGCAAAAAGGAACAUCUUUCACACGAAGAGGUGGCAAAAGAACUGAAUGUGGAUACUGAAAUUGCCAAGGAGUUAGCUGAUGUUUGCAGUGUUAAUACCCUACACUCUUCUGUGACUGGUGAGAAUAGCAAGAAGUUGAAUUGCCAUGACACCAUUGAGAAAGGUAUACUUCCUGAAGCUGGAGCCCAACUUCAAACAGUCAGAUCAAGAGUGGCAGCAUUCGCUAAAUAUGGACGAAGUGGACCUCCCUCGCAAAAGACAUAUAAUCAUUAUAAGUACAAAAAUGAUUCUACCAGUAGCAACACCAAACCAGUUGUCUUGUUGACAGUAACAAUGACUGUUAGCAACAAGGUUCCAAUACAUUCUCGCAUGGUCAAGCAUGACAGAGAGUUGUUAGUCCAUGCUAACCUUCCUCUCUCUGCCCUGAAGGAUAAGCUCCUCUGCCCGAUGGACCUGGUCUACUUGUGUGGAGAAUGCAGUGAGAACCCGGACACUGCGGAGGAUACCCGUGCCCAUGAUCUCUACAAAUCAUCCUUUAUCUUCAUAGAGGACACCUUCUACAGUGACAUGAGAGAUCCCAAGGCUAGGGACAUCACAGGACCAUUGCGCCGUUGGAUUGCUCAGGGGAAGAGUGUGAUCGUCUCUGGCCAAAUGAAGCAAGCCAAGAUGGAAGAGACAACAUUCAACGAUCUAUCUAUCAGACUGGGCUAUCCUUAUCUUUAUGUUCACCAGGGAGACUGUGAACAUAACAUCACAUUCACAGACAUAAGGUUCAUGGAUGAAAAUGAUCAUCAGGACCUGGAGCAGUACCCACUCCUAUGCAAUCAGUCAGCUUUCUACAGGAACACCUGCAUUGGCUGCAAGACACUUACUGCCAAAUGGAUGACAAAGGAAGAUGCUCUAGCGCCUGCUGAUCCAUGUUUCUUCUGUGAUGUCUGCUACUACAAGUUCCACUACGACACUAAAGGCAAUAAACUUGGAAACUUCAAAGCUUACCGCCACAUAGACCCAUCAAUCUUCAGAUAACAUCACACCCAAGAACAAAGUCUUGAGAUAACUGAAUAUAAAAUGGCCAAGAUGAACUGAAGAUGCACAUCAUGAGAGUCCAGAUAAAAAUACUGCUUUCUUGUCACUCGAUUUUGGCCAUUUACUGUGCUCAUUGAACACCAGUCAUGCAGAGGAAUGUAUUGGAUGUUUAUCUUUUUCUUCAGGGGAGUGUUUUAUCAAUGUUAGCCAUCUGACAAGUUGUCCGGUCUAACAACUUUCCUUGGACUUUAAUUUGCUGAGAGACACAAGUGCCUGAUGAUUCAUCUGUUGGAUAUACUGUAUGUAAAACUGACAGCUCCUUUCAGGAUAUUCUCCCUCGAUAUGGACAAAUUUGAUCACAUAGGUCUUCAGGUAGAUUUGACCUAUGGAAUAAGGUGAUCAGAGUGGACGCAUUGUGGUCCAGGGGUUCUGACUUAAGUCUUUCAAAGGGUCCUAGGUUCAAAUCCAAGUCAUAGCAUGUUUCUUGUAGCAAGAAAUUCAUCAUUAUCAUUGUUGUUCAGUUCGCUCCCUUGUUUGGAUAGACUCCUAAAUGAUAAAUCAUGAUGAAAUAAUGUCCAGUGAUCUACAUGUAUAAUUGCCAGUGUCCCUUGUGGUAAAAAUUAAAGAUUAAUUUAGACAAUUUAAUUGUAAUUUCAUUUUCCCCAUAAAGGUCAGAUAAUAAAUGGAAUCUCGCAUGCAUGUAUUUUACCAUACUUUUUUUAUUUUAUUUCACAAUGAAUUUUAAUUUGAUGGUGAAUAAUCUUCAGAUACUGGCUUUCAUCGCAAACGUGAUCACUUUACGAGUUUUGUGUUAUGAGGAAAAGAUGAAAUCCCAAAAGGUUUGCUGCAUGUAUUGACGACUUUUAUAUCAUGUACAGAAGUUUUUUCUAUGUAUGUAUAUAUUAAUAAAUUGUAUUUAAUACUG